GUGGCCACGAAGACGGACGAGACUUGGGCAAGGUGCGCAGCAACGGUCCAUGGACGCUGGCUGCCGUGAAGCGGCUCUUCCUCGUGGCUCCACAGUGCCCAGAGGCCUUUGUGUGGCCCGCCCUAGCCGACCGCAUCGUCGCGCUCACAAAGCAGGUGCGUGACGAGUUCUCGCUGGAUCCGAACAGGAUCUACAUCACCGGCCUCAGCAUGGGGGCCUUCGGGGCUCUGGCGGCAGCUUCGGCUGCGCCAGGGCUUUUCGCUGCUUUGAUCGGUGUGUGUGGUGGCUUCACCAAGCCGUUGCCGCUCGAUACAAGCCUGAACUCGAUGUUGCAAUUGGCCAAAGUCGUGCCAAAGGAGGAGGAUCUAAGCGACAUCAGAGAGCUGCCGAUUUGGCUCUUCCACGGCAUGAAGGAUCGAACGGUGGACCCAGAUGGAUCCCUGCUGCUGUACCAAGCAUUGGGCGGCAAGGGCCGCGGCCGAGCGAAUUUGAGGCUCACAAAGUAUGAGGCUCUCGGCCAUCAGAUCUGGACACCUGCGUACAAAACCUCUGACCUCUUCUCCUGGAUGUUGCGCCAUAAGAAGACAAAGCUCGAGCCCAAGGAAAGCGUCAAGGGCCGUGUCGUUUUCAU